ACGCAUGUGAACGCGUCCAGCAGUAGACGCGUCUAGCAGCGCAGGAGACACACACCUGAGGAAUAGCGGCGCGAUGGCCGAUCAUCUGAUACAGAUCGAUGACUCUUCUGCCGGAGUGAUUCGAUUCGCGCGGAAGGGAGCUCUGCGACAGAAGAAUGUGCACGAGGUGAAAAACCACAAAUUUACUGCGCGAUUCUUCAAGCAGCCCACAUUCUGCAGCCACUGCACCGACUUCAUCUGGGGUUUUGGAAAACAAGGCUUCCAGUGCCAAGUUUGUGGUUUUGUGGUCCACAAAAGGUGCCAUGAGUUUGUUUCCUUUUCCUGUCCAGGAGCUGACAAGGGCCCUGACACAGAUGACCCCAGGAGCAAGCACAAGUUUAAGAUUCACAGCUACGGGAGUCCCACCUUCUGCGACCACUGUGGAUCACUGCUGUACGGUCUCAUCCACCAGGGGAUGAAAUGCGACACCUGUGACAUGAACGUUCAUAAGCAGUGUGUGAUGAAUGUGCCAAGCCUGUGCGGUACAGACCACACCGAGCGCAGAGGAAGAAUCUUUCUUAAGAUCGAGGUCAGCGGAGACCGACUUCAUGUCACAGUGGGUGAGGCCAGAAAUCUUAUUCCCAUGGAUCCCAACGGGCUGUCAGACCCCUACGUGAAACUAAAACUCACCCCAGACCCCAAGAAUGAGACCAAACAGAAGACCCGCACCAUCCGCUCCUCGCUCAACCCCACCUGGAAUGAGUCUUUCAUCUUUAAGUUAAAGGCAUAGGAUAAGGAGCGACGUCUGUCUGUGGAGGUGUGGGACUGGGACAGAACCACACGCAAUGAUUUCAUGGGCGCAAUGUCUUUUGGGGUGUCUGAACUCAUCAAAGCUCCCGUGUGCGGCUGGUAUAAGAUGUUGAACGAGGAGGAAGGCGAGUAUUAUAAUGUGCCUAUUCCAGAGGAGGAUGACAUUAACCUGGAGCUGCGGCAUAAGUUUGAGGCCUGUCAGUUCAAUAUCCACUUCCUGAAGAAAGCAAUGCUGGGUCCAGGGAAGAAGGUCAACAGUCCCACAGAUCAUCGGCGCUUCAGUUUGCCGUCUGGAAACAUGGACAGAGUUCAACUCAAUGACUUUCAUUUCUUGGCUCUUCUCGGAAAAGGCAGUUUUGGAAAGGUGAUGUUGGCUGAGAUGAAGUCGACGGAAGAGCUUUACGCCAUUAAAAUUUUGAAGAAGGACGUGGUGAUCCAGGAUGAUGAUGUAGAGUGUACGAUGGUGGAGAAGAGAGUGUUAGCCCAGAGAGAAAAGCCUCCAUUCCUCACCCAACUGCACUCCUGCUUUCAGACUGUGGAUCGCCUGUAUUUUGUAAUGGAAUACAUUAACGGUGGAGACCUGAUGUAUCACAUCCAGCAAGUGGGCAAGUUUAAGGAGCCACAAGCAGUAUUUUAUGCAGCAGAGAUUGCGGUGGGACUCUUCUUUCUCCACAGCAAGGGAGUUAUCUACAGAGAUCUGAAGUUGGAUAACGUGAUGUUGGACUCCGAGGGACACAUUAAGAUUGCAGACUUUGGCAUGUGUAAGGAGAACAUGUUUGAGGCCAUGACAACACGUACGUUCUGUGGAACACCGGAUUACAUCGCCCCAGAGAUCAUCGCCUAUCAGCCGUAUGGGAAAUCGGUGGACUGGUGGGCGUACGGCGUGCUCCUCUACGAGAUGCUGGCUGGUCAGCCUCCGUUUGAUGGAGAGGACGAGGACGAGCUUUUUCAGUCCAUAAUGGAGCACAACGUGUCCUACCCUAAAUCUAUGUCCAAAGAGGCGGUGUCCAUCUGUAAAGGGCUGAUGACAAAGCACCCGUCUAAGCGUCUGGGUUGCAAUCCGGAGGGUGAGAGAGAUAUAAAGGAACAGGCUUUUUUCCGCAGGAUUGACUGGGAGCGGCUGGCCAACAGAGAGAUCCAGCCUCCUUUCAAACCUAAAGUGUGCGGCAAAGCGGCGGAGAACUUUGACAAAUUCUUCACUCGCACACAACCCAUGUUGACUCCUCCGGACCAGCUGGUCAUUGCCAACAUCGAUCAGAGCGAAUUUGCCGGAUUCUCCUUCAUAAACCAGGAGUUCGUCCAACCGGCGUCGCUUCACAGCGUGGUAUGAGAUGGCCCGACCGGAGCAAACUACCAAUGGCAUCCGCGUUAUUUGUGAACUCACCAAAUCUUUUAUAGAAAGUUGAAACCCUUUAUCUGAAAAUCUGAACUGAGGUGGGCUGGAGGGAGGGGCUUGAAUGACCGAGCACGUGUCUGCAUUUAAACGUCAUGUAGAUGAUAGAAGCUUUGUUUCAAAACCUAGUGAGCUGCCUACUUAGACAACAUAUUCAGCCAUCAAAUGUGCAAUGCCGAAGCAAGGACGGAAUUACACUGCCUUCUCAAAUGCCUUCCUCUAAGCUAGCAUCACAUUGAUCCUUUCUGGAGUACAGUAUGCAUCCGCCAUGUAGAGAACAACUUUAGUGACCUACGUAGGCGUUUCCUUUCUGUUAGGGUAGCUGGCUAUGUAGGCAACUUAUUCGUUUUUGGGACAGAGCUAUAGGGAAUUCCAUUUUGGUGGAAAUGGCGAGCAAUCCCUUUUUCCACACCUAAGAUUCUUUGUGUCUGAAGCAUGCUGACAUGAAACAGGUUUUUGUGUCCUAUUCCUACAGUAUAUCCUCUCUACUGCCAUUUCUAAUGUUCCUGAAUUAUAUAUAUAAAUAUAGAUAUAAUAUCUUGUUAUAGGAGUGCCAAAAUAUAGCUGCAUCAAAAUGUUUUUAUAUAUGCAUAUUGUUUUCCUACUAGAUAUUUUAGCUGUGUCCCGUGACACUUGAACCGUUACUGCUCCAUGAGUUUUAGCAUGACAGCUUCUGAUCCGGUCUCUGCCUGCUCGCCUGGCUCCUACUGUACCUUUUCAACAGACAGUAUGCGUAAUUUUCUCGUUUACUCUCUUUUAGGUGUAUGAAUUGCGAUAUUGAGUGAUUCCUCAUUGGUAAUGGACAGGAAGCUGAGCCCAAAGAAGUUCAACACAUACCCUCACAAUUUUAGUUAUUAAAGAUUGGGGCUAAUUUGAUCAAAUUGUCAGCUUCCAAAAUGUGUAGCACUAUUUGCUUACUUGAACUUAAUGUUUACACCCAUUCUGCAGCUUUUCCCCCAACAUCCUUACAUAAAAUUAAGAUUCUGCAAAACCUCUGCCUUGGUUUAGCAGUGGGUAGCCAUUCUGAGAAAUACAUUUGCUUAAUUUCGAUUCGUAAGGAUUUUCUUGCAUAUUUUGCUGAAGAAAACUGCUCCAGCAAAAUGAAUCAGUGAAUCUAAAUAAAACAUAUCCUGCCAAGAACACCGCUCCUAUUCAUAACAUUUUCGUGUUUAUUUUAUUUUUUUAUUAAUCAUAACCCAACUUCUGUUUAACACUGUGUGAGAAAAAUCGUAUUACUUUCAUGCAAAAUUUUUGGUCUCCUCUUAAUUUUUGUUGGUUUAAAUAAACAAAUAAUUUACGUUGUUAAACAGUAAAAAUUAACAAUGUUAACAAUUAUGUUAACAAUGAUAUGAAUUCCCAAUGAAAAACUAAAACAUAUCAAUAUCAAAGAUUAAACACACCUUCUUUCAUUGUGGAAUAUAAAAUUUGGGGUGAAAAUCUGUUUUGCUGUCAUUAUAAUAAUUCUGCAAUGCAAAUUUUGAUUACAUUCAACGUCAAUUUUAUGUUUAAAUGCGUUACUUUUAGUGUUUUAUUUAUUUUGUUUUGAAAUGUGACAGGACAAACAGGAUAUGUUGUCUUUUGUGAGAUGUUGGAAGGGUUGGGGGGUCAGAUAUGUAUAACCUCUCAUACAGUAUAAGUCCCUCUCUGCUAGUGUUUAUGUCCUUUGGUGAUGAAUACUCUUCGUGUUAAACUGUGUUCUGACGUUGUUAUCAUGAGGCGCUUUCCAUUCAUCUAUCUGAUCUUUUCUUUUUCGAUCUUUUAGGUCUUAGUUUAUGAUCAUCUUGCAUUUUCGCUGUCAGUAAACGUGACGUAUAUAGAGCUAUGUUUACCUGUACACUGAAGGUACAGACUACAAACCAAGACUUUUGUACAUACAGAGAAAGUAUACGUACAUACCCUGCAAAUUUUAUACCAAGAACUGAAUGUGCUUUUACUAACGUAGAUGGUUUCUAUGUUUAGAUGAAUGAAGAAGACUUACCCUGUUGAAAAAAACAGCAUAUACUGGUUUGGUAUGUUUUAAUGCUGGUUUGCUGGUUUGUGCUGGUUUAAGGUGGUCAUGUGCUGGUCCUUAGCUGGUUUAAACUGGUCAAACCAGCUUCAAAACAUACCUAACCCAGCAUAUACUGUUUUUUUCAACAGGGUAUUUGGCUAAUUUGAGAUAGCUUUGGUAUCAGCAGACCUUUGUUAAAUGUAUUUCUUGUAUUUAUCUGCUAUGUUUUCUAUGCUGAUAAUAUAUACUGUAAGUGCAGGAGCACUGUGUCGACAGAGCGGGUUACGUGGACAUCAGAGCUCCUACACGCGUGCGCGUGUGUGUGUAUGUGUGUGUGUGUGCGUGCGUGCGUGCAUGCGUGUGUGUGUGUGUGUGUUUGUGCUGCUGCAGUGUGCAUGUGGCGUGUUAGCCAGUCAGCGCAUGCAUGACAGUGUCGCAUGAGUCCAGGAAUCCAGGAUCCUCUAGCAUGGAACGACUGUCGCACCGAGUAAAAUACUCGCCCCAUUUUAACUAAUCUUCCUUUGUAUAGUGUUUCUUUGUGUCUGUUGUUAGACUUCAAGACUUCAACUAGCAAGUAGACGUAAUGUUUAGAUUCCACCUGCUGCUGGCUAUUAAUUCUGAAUUUGUAUUUGAAUCUGACAACAGGGGAAUGGCGUGAAAGUUGGACUUUAACACACGUCAGAUUAGAAUUGUGGCACAGACAUGUUUUAGGAAUUCUCUAGUCUUGUGUAACUCAGAACUGUUGUUGUAUUUACAAACAGAUUUGCUCAGUUUGGGCUCUGUAGUUUUGUGCCAACCUUCCAGUUAUUAGGUGCUUCAAUUUGGCUUCUGGAUUUAGAAUCUGAGCAAAUUUCUUUCAUCUAUUUUUUAUGUUAGUAGACCUCAUGUUUGGUGCAUGUGGCCGGUGUAUUGGAAAAACAGAAGCAAGUGGAUAUUCUAGGUGGAUUUGUUGCAUUUGAAUGAUUUACAGAGAGCAGAAAUAGAAAGGAUUCACAAAGUGUUUAACAAGUCAACUUCCAUCCUCAAGCAGGUAAACAAAGUGUCUCACAUUGAGAGUUUUGGGGAAUGUCAAGUUUGGGAUUUCUGCAUGUGAGGUGACAUCCAACAUUCCCUUGACAUAUACAGUAUAUAUAUAGUAUCUUAUUUCAACAUUCCACCAAGCCAUUUCUUAUUAUAUUGAUUCUACCAGAAAUUACAUUUAUUUAUUUUUAAGUUUUGGAUUCCAGGAAAGUGUUUUAGUUUGUAAGUUUAUCCACUCUUUGUUUUCCUUACAAAGAUUUUGUCCCUCUGUCCAUUGUGAAAGAAAAUGUGUAGAAAUAAAUGUAUGAGAAAACCGA